AUGGAAUCCGUGGAGAAGGCUAUUGCAAAUGCAGUAAAGUAUCGGAAAUUCAAUUCUUUAAUUACUGAAACCUUUGAUGUGGCUCGUGGGCAGGCUAAGGAAGCUCUGAAAAGGAAUAAAACACCAUUUCCUGUGGUUGUCAAAGAUUGUUACAUGAUAAAGAGAAUGCGAACAACUUGUGCAUCACGGAAUUUGUCAAAUUUUGUUUCACCUUAUACUGCUUCUGUUAUCAGUAAAUUAGUUGAAGAAGGUGGCUGUAUUAUUGGUAAAGGUAAUAUGGAUGAAUUCUGUAUGGGGACUUCGAGCUCAACAGGUUACUUCGGGCCCGUAAAAAAUGGAAUAAGUGAUGAAACAAAUCUAGAAAACGAUUGGAGAAUCUCUGGUGGAUCUUCUGGUGGCUGUGCAGUGGCUGUACAACUAGGAAUUUCGUCUGUAAGUAUAGGAUCAGAUACUGGAGGUUCGUCGAGGAAUCCUGCUGCAUUUACUGGGCUUUUUGGCUUUAAGCCUUCUUAUGGAAUCUUGUCAAGACAUGGACUUGUUCCCUUAGUCAACUCACUCGAUUGCCCAUCUAUAAUCGCAAAUACUGCUCAAGACUGCAACUUUUUACUUCGAGUGAUGCAAGGCCGCGAUAAGUUUGAUUCAACUUGUUUUGAUGCACCAUCAUCUUGUUUUAUGUGGAAUAAACCAGUUGGUGGAUUAGUUGUCGGAAUCCCUAAAGAGUAUUACAAUGAAACUCUUUCACCAGAGUGUUGGCAUGCUUGGAACGAAGCAGCAAAAUCUCUUAUAAUGUUAGGCUGUAAGAUAAAAGAAGUGAGCAUGCCAUUCACGAGUUACUCAAUAAUCUGUUAUCAUAUACUUGCCGAAGCAGAUAUCACCUCAAAUAUGGCGCGAUACGAUGGUGUAGAAUUCGGUUACAGAUCAAACUCUGAGAAGUCAGUUACUACUCUUUAUUCCGAAACACGAAGUGAUUCACUUAAUGAAAUUGUUCGUAGAAGAAUACUGGCCGGAAAUUAUUUCUUAAUGAAACGUUUGUCAUACUUAGUAUAUCUGUCGUCACAUAUGUUUCGUCCACAUGUUUUUUGCAGUCAUUAUGACAAGUACUUUGGUCAAGCCCUUCGUGUGCGUCGUUUGAUCAAAAUGGAUUUUGAUCGUGUAUUCCAAGAAAAUGGCUGCGAUAUUUUGCUAACUCCUGUAACUAGCGGUAUACCUCCACUUUACUCGGAGCUUAAUGACGCUGAUAGCUACAAGCGUGAACGUGCAGACGACUUCUACACGCAACCCUGUAACAUGGCGGGUGUUCCAGCUAUUUCAGUACCUUUUAUGAAAACGGAGGACGGGUUUCCUGUUGGAGUACAAAUCAUUGCUGAUUACUUGAAAGAUGGUUUGGUGCUGGAUGUUGCACAAAAACUAAAUGAAUACUGUGGUAUUCUAAAAUGUAAAAGUGUAAUUGAUACAAAAUGA